AUGGAAGAUAACCCGGAGGAUCAGCUGAGUUCUUAUACAGUUGAGAUAACGCAAGAUAUUCUAAACAAUCCGAGUGAACACGAGUCUGACAAAUAUCAUACUCACACAUCCGGAGCUGUUCAACUAGAACCACAAAGCCAAGGACACUUAGAAAAAUGGAUCCUAGCCUUUAAGUUCCGAUAUUGGAUUGAUUUUGGCAAUCAAGAAGAAUACAAAGUCGAUUGGCAAAGGAACCUGAACGACGACAGUGAUCUGGUUGAGAUUAUAAUCAAUCUCGCUAAUAGUAAUUGCGAAGACGACAAACAAAGUAAGUCACUAUUCUCAAUCAUAAUUUGCCUAAUCACUAAGAAAAUAGUUAUCCAAGGAGACUAUGUCGAUCUAUGGAAAAGAAAUGAAUUAGACAAAUUGAAAACUUUAGUAUCCAAACUAUGUUCCAUAAACAAUAUGAACCAACAGCUGAUUAGUCAGAUAUAGGACAAGGUAUUUUAUAUUAAUAUUAAUCUCGAAGGAGUUUCCUUAGACAUCUACACAAAUUCGGAAAACAAAAGUGAAAUGAAGGACAAAAUCGCACCUAAACAAACUCCGACAACAAAAUCAUCACAUAAAACACAAGAAAAGCCACGAAAAUCCCACCACACUUCAUCCAGGAUUUCCUCACCAUUAAUUAACAACAAGAAGCGACGCCAUAACAAACUCAAAUCCAGAACCACACCAAGUGAAGAAAACCACGAUAAAAUCGAUAUUCCACGUAUUCUUGAAUAUUUUAAAACAUACAAUAACCGAUUGGAAAAUUUAGAGAACAUCAUUUCAAAAAAAAAAUUCCCAACUUUUUAAUAUACUUGGGUUUUAAAAUCAUUUUGCACCUCCCCCACUCCCCCCAUUCAAUGUUGCUCUCCCACAUUUCUAGUACACGUAUAAUUUUGUUGUACAGUACCGUCAGAUCAUAAAUAUACACGAAACAGCAACAUUUUUUUAGAGAAAGAUAGUUGUGAAGAGUUUGUAUGGUGGAAGUUAGAUAAAUCCUUUUUAAAAUGUCCCAUGAUGUCUACAUAUGUUCAGUUUAUGUACCUCCACAAAACUCCUCCCGAGAAUUAAGAAUUAAGAAUUAAUAUUGACCAUUUCGAAUGUCUUCAAGAAAAGAUUUAUAAAUUUGGAACACUAGGUUAAAUCCUUUUAUGUGGAGAUUUUAACACAAGAACGGGGACACUUAAUGAUUUUAUUGACAACAAAUUUCCUGAAAACGAUUUUCAAAUUCCAAUUGCAAUCGAAAAACAAUGCUCAAAAGAUUCACACACUAAUAAUUAUGGAAGAUCAUUAUUACAUUUAUGUGUUGGCAACAACCUGAUUAUCCUAAAUGGGAGAACUAAAGGAGACUUCACUGGUCAGUACACUUGCCACACGUACAAUGGAGCAAGUGUAGUUGACUAUGGUAUUGCUUCUUAUGACCUCUUAAAAUCAAUUAUUAACUUUUCUGUUGACAAUGUUAAUGAAUUUUCCCACCAUUCUUGUUUAUCCUUUGUGUUGAGUGCAAAAACCCCCAAUUUUUCAGAAGAUGAUAUAAACAUAAUGCCUCACCCUGAAUCGUUUUCAUGGAAUGAGAACCUAAAAGACAACCUGGGGAUUGUUUUAGAUUCCAAGGAAGUUCAGAUUAAACUAGAACAGUUGUUUUUUCAAACAUCCUCAGGAACUCUUUGUGAUAUCAACUCCAUUGUGAAUGAAUGUACGGAAAUACUGAGUGCCUCACGUAGUAAAGUGUUAAAAAUGAAGGGACGUAGAAAAGUUAAUAAGAAAAACAUUCCAAAACAAAGACAAAAAUGGUUCAGUCAGAACUGUCAUACACUCAAAAAGAAUCUUCGAAACCUAGGUAAAUUGAUUACUAAAUAUCCAAAUAAUGCAUAUCUAAAACAUACAUUUUUCUCAAAAAAAUAUAUAUAUAUAUAAAUGUUUAUUAAGGAAACUGAAAAGACAGUUCCAUAAUACCAUGUUAGAAAAAAAUAAGCUUUAGCCGACAAUAACCCCAAUGAGUAUUGGAAGUUAGUAAAUUCUAUUAAGACUAGUCAGAAGUCUAAAGACCAUAAUGAAAUAUCAUCUUCUGAAUGGUUUGAAUAUUUCAAAAACCUCAAUAAGAAUGAGCAUCUUUGCUCAAAGGAGUCAAGUACUGAAGCCAAAAUUGUUAAAGAUUACAAUAAGUGGGCAGCACAAAAAAUUGAUGUUCUUGAUCGACCGAUUUCCACUGAAGAAUUAUACAAGAUUUCGAAAAAACUGAAAAAUAAAAAAGCAUGCGCCAAUGAUCCAUUAUCGAAUGAAAUCAUUAAAUUGUCAGUGGAAAUUUUACCAUCAUACUUUGUUAACUUAUUCAACCUUAUCCUUUCUCAGGGCGUAUUUCCUUCAGUUUGGUGUAAAGGGUUUAUAGUGCCAUUACAUAAAUCAGGUAAUACUGAUGACCCCAAUAACUUCAGAGGAAUUUGUACAAGCAGUUGUUUAGCAAAAUUGUUCACAUCAAUAAUGAAUACACGCCUUAAUGACUUUUUGGAAAAUAAAGAAAUUAUAAACAAGUGCCAAAUUGGAUUCAGGAAAGGUUACAGAACAGCAGAUCAUCUUUUGGUUUUGAAAACAUUAAUUGAUACAUAUAAAUUAUAA